AUGGGAAAUCUCCUUGUCGCACCUCGCGCUAUUGGUCUCUUUGGUCUCAUUCUGGCAGUUGUAGAUUGUAGAGUGUUUUGAUUUGCAUCAAAAAUGUCGGUUGUUGGAUUUGAUUUUGGCAAUUUGAAUUGUUAUAUAGCAAUCGCUCGACAAGGUGGCAUCGAAGUUCUCACCAAUGAAUAUUCAUUACAUGCAACACCAUCAUGCGUAUCAUUCACUUCCAAGAAUCGAACGAUGGGCGUUUCUGCGUUGCAACAACAAAAUGUCAACGUGAAAAAUACCGUUUGCAAUUUUAAGCAUUUAAUUGGUCGUAAAUUUAGUGAUCCGAUAGUUGCACAUUUCAAAAAAUUUGUUUCUUGCGAUAUUGUGCAGUUGCCGGAUGACAAUGUUGGAAUUAAAGUGAAUUAUUUGGGGGAAGAACGUGUUUUCAUACCAGAGCAGCUGAUUGCAAUGAUGAUGGUUAAAUUGAAAGAUAUUACAAGUGCCAGUUUAUUAACGACUGUUACAGAUUGCGUUGUUUCUGUUCCGUUUUUUUUUACGGAUACUCAGAGAAGAGCGUUGCUUGAUGCUAUCAGUAUUUCUGGCUUAAACUGUUUAAAAAUCGUCAAUGAAACAACUGCAGUUGCACUUGCUUAUGGAAUAUAUAAACAAGAUUUACCACCAGAGCCCAAUGCUCCAAGGAAUGUCAUUUUUGUCGACGUAGGACAUUCAUGUGCCCAAGCUGCUGUUGUUGCAUUUAAUAAAGGAAAAUUGAGUACCCCAUCUCUGCAAAUCUUUCAAAUUGCGCCACAUACCUUGGAAUCUGAUACUUUUCUAACUCGUGAAUCUGUUAUAACCUCUGUUGAGAGUGCAUCGGCAGACUUUACUGUCAAUAAUCAUGGUGCUGAGGGAAUAGCAUUCUUAGGAUAUAUAAAUGAAUAUACCGGGGAUAGUUCGUCCCGUCCAUAUGAUGGAUGGACCUUUUUGCUGUUUUAUGCUAUGGAUUGGUUGCAGGUUCUGGCUAAUUCAUUUGAUUUACAAGUUUCUGGAUGUAUGUUCGAUGAAGUUCUUCGAAAUCAUUUUAGAAAUUUGUUCAUGGAAACUUAUAAGAUCGAUGCUUCAACUAAUAUGAGAGCGUGGACUCGAUUAUUAGAUGAAUGUUCUAAAUUAAAAAAACAGAUGUCGGCAAAUAGUACAGCGAUUCCAAUUAAUAUCGAGUGCUUUAUGGAAGAUAAAGAUGUUACUGCAAAAAUGCAAAGAUCAGAAUUCGAAGAACUUUGUGCAGAAAUCUUUUCCCGUUUCGAAAAAAUGCUUUAUGCAUUACUGAAUGAAUGCAAUAUGAAAGUCGAUCAAAUCGAUUCAGUUGAAAUAAUUGGAGGAUCAUCGCGAAUUCCAGCCAUUAAAAGUAUUAUUGCUAAAGUGUUCGGCAAAGAUCCUAAAACAACAAUGAAUCAAGAUGAAGCUGUUGCACGGGGCGCUGCUAUGCAAUGUGCCAUUUUAUCGCCCGCAUUUAAAGUACGUGAUUUUUCGAUAAAAGAUAGUCAGCCAUUUAGAAUCAGACUCGAAUGGCAACGAACAAAUUUGGCUGAUGGAGGGUCAUCUGAUGUUUUCGCUGAACGAGAUGAGUUUCCAUUUUCAAAAAUGCUGACCUUCUAUCGUCAGGAGCCUUUUGAGUUGAGCGCUUAUUAUCCGAAUCCUAUUCCAUAUAAGAAUAAUGAAAUAGGGCGAUGGAUAAUAAAAGGUGUUACCCCAAUGGCAAACAAUGAAUCCCGUAAAAUAAAAGUUAAAGUUCGAAUUAAUCCACAUGGUAUAUUUUCGGUCUCUUCGGCGACAACCUUCGAAUCUGUCGAAACAAAGGCUGAUGAUAAAGCGCCUGAACCAAUGGAUGUACAAGAAAGUACUGAAAAAGUGACUGAAUCGAAUGAACAGAAAAGUUCAGAAGAGGCAGCUAAAACGGCCUGUGACGGCGACCAACAAAAAGUCAAGGCAAAAACAAUAAGCAUUGAUUUGCCCGUAGAACAGCAUGUACCUUAUCUGCAGAAUCUUGAAACCCUUCUUCAAUUUGAGUUCGAUAUGCAAAAAGUUGAUCGAUUAGAGAAAGAAAAAGCUGAUGCAAAAAAUGCUGUGGAAGAAUAUGUUUAUUACAUGCGAGACAAAUUAUCUGAAGCUUUGGCUGAAUUCAUCACUCCUAAGGACUUGGCUGAUUUUCAAAAUUCUUUAACAGCAACAGAAGAUUGGUUAUACGAUGAAGGUGAAGACGCAGCAAUGGAAGUUUAUCAAUCGAAAUUAUCGGAAUUAAAGAAAUAUGGUGAACCAGUAAUGGAACGUUUUCGUGAAUAUCAGCAGCGCAAUGCCGCGUUUGAUGAUUUCGAUCGGGCUAUUGUGAGAACACGAAAAGCCUAUGAAGAAUAUAGUAAUGGUAGUGAGAAAUAUUCUCAUUUGGAGUCAGCAGAUCUUGAAAAGGUUAUCACAGCAGUGGAAGAAAAAAGGCGAUGGGUUGAUGAAAAAAAAAAACAACAGGAAAGGCGCCCAAAAACAGAACCACCCGCUGUAUUUGUUCAUGAAAUUUUUGCUGAAAAAGAGAAAUUUGAAAAUAUUGUGUUGCCUAUAUUGAAUAAACCGAAACCAGCUCCAAAGCAAGAGGAAUCCAAAAAAGAUACUAAGGAGAAGGUUGAUGAUGGAAAACAGCAGCCUUCUGAAAAGCCAAAUGGUGAGCCAGUCGAUAUGGAGGUUGACUAA